CAUAUUUUAACAUUAAUUUCACCACUUUCUAUAAUAACAAGGGCAACAGAAAACAAAACAAUGUGUUAACAUCAGUAUACCUAUGUUUUCAGAUUAAAAUGUAUUGUCCUUUCUGUGGCUUCAAAUGGCCGAAUUUGACCAGAUUUUGCAGUUCAUGUGGGCGAGAUGUAUCCUUUGUAACUGAAAAAGCCCAUAGAACUGCAAGUGAUGACCUUCAUGGGUCAUGCCAGUCUUUGCUCAAAGUGACUGAUACAUGUGCCAUUCCAGCUAGUUCAUCUGUUCUCAACUUCAUGAAAUACAGAGAACUAAAAGAAAAUGAAAGGAGAACAUUUUCAAAAAGUAAGAAGAAAUCAAAGAAAACAUUGAGGAUUUCUGUUGGCAUCAUGACCAAGACCAAGAAUGGUUUCAGGCCCAUAAGAGGGAAAAACCUACUUCUACAGGUUGAACCUGAGUGGUCAUUUGAGCAACUUUUUCCAGCUGCCAUAAAAAAAACAGAAAGACUUCAAUCAAGACAUGGAAGAUGGAGAAUAUAUCUUGCUUUAUCCUGAUGGCUCUCAGAUAAAAAAAUAUACCUGGGACUGACACACCUUUUCCCAUUGGGCAAUACAAAGAGGCCAUUGGAAAAGCUUAUCAGAGGAUCACACUGUACAUCUGCAUGCUUGAGGACUUUUUGUCCAAGAGUCAUGAAGAUGAAUCCGUUUCAGAAGAUGAGGAUGACGUUGUUGUUAGUGUGCCAUCCAAUAUGUCACCCCUUUCUGACACAGUGGUCAACCAUAACAUCAGAAUUAUCUGAGGCAUCAACAUCCCAGUCAUCUAAUGUGCAAGCCAAGAGUGCAUCCCAACAGAUGUCCACCUCAGUGACUCCAUGCACCUCACUGACUCCAUCCACAAGUGGCUUCUACAAUACAUAUACCAAUAUCUAUGCACCUGUCAUUAUUGACAGCAGUUCUUCAGAUCUUGAAGAUGUAGAGAAAACACAAGAGAAAGACUGUGAUGGACAAGAUGGGCCUACAGCUGCAGACAUAGUAUCAAAUCUAGCACAUUGUCUUAACAGAAAGUCCUGUAACAGAUUUAACAUGAACAGGGCCAAUGUCUGGGAUGGUGCUGAUAGAGGUUUUAGGCGUUCCUCAUUUGACCCCACCUGCAGCAUGUUGGUGAAAUUCACUGACGACGUUGGGCUGAUGGAGGAGGCCCUGGAUACUGGGGGGCCUACUCGAGAGUUUUUAACCCUGUUGAUGGAUGCCAUCGAAACAAGGAGAGUUUUUGAAGGCAAAGACAAUGCAAAAUACCUCUCGUUUGACUGUCAAGCUGCAGAAGACAAUGAAUAUUUUCACAUUGGAAGAAUGAUUGCGGUGUCUAUUGUCCAUGGAGGUCCAGGGCUGUGUUGUCUUUCCCCAAACUUCUUCCUUUACCUCAUUGGUAAAGAAAAGAAAACAGAGGCAACAAUUGAGGACAUACCUGAUGAUGAAGUCAAGAAGGCCCUCCUUGAGAUUUUUUCCCAAUAGAUAAAAGAUGCUACAUCACUGAAUGAACUCUGGGAACUCACAGAAAAGCACUCUAGCAUGCUUCAGACAGCAGGCUGCUAUCGAUUCAUGAGGAAUCUGGAGGAUAAGAAAAGAAUAGUUGAUGAAUAUAUCCAGUGGUAUUUUAUCAACCGAAACCAUCUUUCAAUCCACAGAUUCAAAGAUGGACUAGCAACAUUGAAUUUUUUCAACGCUUUGGAACAGCAUCCUUUACUUUUCUUCUCAUUCAUGUGCUACACUGAGACCAAGCUCACAGCUGUUGCUGUGGAAAAAAUCUUCCAUGUGCAGUUGAGUCCACCUGGAAGCAAUGACCGCCAUGAAGAGGCCAGGGUACUGAGCUACUGGCGAGAUUAUCUGCUUUAUGUAAGAAAAAGCUAGUCCUACUUUGAAGGAUGUCCUUAUGUUUGGAACUGGGCUAAAGGAAGUUCCUGCUGGAGCAAUACAGCCAC